GGACACGGUCUGCGGUCGCAGCGUUAGAGACUACUAGUGCAUAUACCAAUUUCUUUUGCACUGUGGGUCUCUGAAGGAACGGACUUGCUAGUCGAGAUUGGGGAGGCUUCUAGGCUUGCGGCACGCCUUGGCGCGUCACGAUCAGAAGAUCGCACAGUUACAUGCAGGCGAGCAUAUUUAUUAAGCACCGAGGACAUAUGCCGCGCACCUCACUCCUGCGCCCAGUCGCCUCAGAGCAAUCUCAGAGUAGCAUUGCCCAACCGCCAUUAUGUCCCUCGUUAAGAUCCCUUUCCUUGUCGGCGGUGCUGCCGGUGGCUUCGUAGUCAUGACCCCACCGAACCCGAAGGUCCCCGUUGACCAGAGGGCCAAGGAGGUCACUGCCUUCGAACGUUUUUUCUCUGCGACAGCACGGCUUUACACUCUGGGCUUCAAGGCCUUGAUCUUGUCUAGCAGCCUCCUGGAGGUGCUCGUCAUCACUGCAAGUCACUUCCCCUCGCACCCCCUUUCUCAGAAGGUUCUCGAUGCCCUCGUCGUGGGCCCUCCUUCUCUCGUCCGACGCAUCAAGCUCAGCCCGUUGUUCCUCGCCGGGGCAGCGGUCGGCUACUUCGGCGCGUACUUCCGCUGGCAAUGCUACCGCACGCUUGGCCGCCUCUUCACCUUCGAGGUCUCCAUCAGAGAGGGUCACAAGUUGAUCACGGAGGGGCCUUACCAGUACGUUCGUCAUCCCAGCUACACCGGAGGCAUCCUCAGCGCGACCGGGCUUGGUCUCAUGUACAUCGCGCCUGGGUCGUGGAUUCGCGAGUGUGGGAUUCUGGCGACGAGGGGAGGGAAGAUCGCGGCGUGGACAUAUGUGGCGGCGUUCCUGUAUGGGUCUGCCAGCUUGGUACAGCGGGCGCCUCAGGAGGAUGUGUUGUUGAAGAAGCAGUUUGGCGAGGAGUGGGAGGCGUAUGCGAAACGGGUGCCGUACCGUAUCCUGCCCUACAUCUACUGAUGCGUCAUUUGCUUCUCGCGGCAAUCUCUUACUCUAUUGAUUAGUAGUAACAUGGGAGUCGUGAAGAGCUACAGUCUUGUAGAGAUCCAUGAUACCUAUGUAUCACUCAGUCGGGGUUUGGAAGUUGGAAGUAUGUAAUACGUGUGCACUGUGAGCGUCGAGUGAGCUCGCCGCUCAGCCACAGUGCGCUCUCACGUGACUGGAGCGAUGUAGCGAUGAUCUCGGCAACCCGG